CAAUCACGAUUAUAGUGGAGAGGAAAAGAAACCGUAACUUCCACCGGCAUCAGGAAUUUCCGAUAAUAAUUAUUCGUGCAGUGUGAAAAAAAAAGUUGCGAGAUGUUGAGCAGGACGAGGCUCUUGACGAGGAAUUUGGGAGUUCUUCGGAAUUCUGCGAUGUACCCUGAACCCGGUAUGACAACCCCAAUACUUUGGUCUUUGUAUCCAGUUCAAGUGAGACACAAAGCCAGUACUCCACUCAACACGAUUUUCAUGUUCGUGCCCCAGCAAGAGGCUUGGAUAGUCGAGAGAAUGGGAAAGUUCCACAGAAUCCUGGAUCCGGGCUUUAACGUGUUAUUUCCAAUAAUUGACAAAGUUAAAUACGUUCAGAGUCUCAAGGAAAUAGCUAUCGACGUGCCAAAACAGAGUGCAAUCACGUCCGAUAACGUGACCCUCGAUAUCGAUGGUGUUCUCUACCUCAGGAUAAAUGAUCCAUACCUGACAUCUUAUGGAGUGGAGGAUCCAGAAUUCGCGAUAAUUCAGUUGGCACAGACGACGAUGAGAUCGGAACUGGGUAAAAUAUCGUUAGACAAUGUAUUUAGGGAACGUGAAGGACUCAACGUUAAUAUUGUGGCGAGUAUAAACAAGGCCAGCGAGGUCUGGGGAAUUACGUGUCUCCGAUACGAAAUUCGUGAUAUUAGACUGCCGGCGAGAGUUCAGGAGGCCAUGCAGUCGCAGGUGGAGGCGGAGAGGAAGAAGAGGGCUGCAAUCCUCGAGUCUGAGGGAGUCAGGACAGCUGAUAUAAACGUGGCUGAGGGAAAACGACAGGCUAGAAUUCUCGCUUCAGAGGCUGACAAAUUAGAAAAAAUCAAUCAAGCCCAGGGUGAGGCAACAGCUCUACUGGCGGUGGCCGAAGCUCGUGCCAAGGGCCUGCAAAUAGUGGCAGAUUCUCUCGGUCUUCAAGACGGUAAAAAUGCAGCCUCCUUGAGCAUAGCUGAGCAGUACGUCAAGGCAUUCAACAAACUGGCCAAGACAAACAACACUUUGAUACUUCCAAGCAACGUAGGAGACGUCUCGGGUCUCGUCGCCCAAGCUCUGUCGAUAUACAAGCAAAUUCUCCCUCCAAAUUCAUCCAACGGCUCUUCCUCUCAAUACGACACGAAGAGUUUGCCCGAACGUAGUGAAGCUGACGAAGUUUACGAAUAUUUCAGUGACAAGGAAGAGGCGGAGAAACAUAGAGACACCAACAAAGCGCGUAAAUCGUAAAAAAAAU